ACACCCUUUGAUGGCGGCACUUGGGGAAAGCAUGAAGCUGGGGCCACACCAGUCAAACCCUGGCGAGGGCCCUCUAAUCAGCCCUCUUCCGGGCCUGAUUAUUAUCCGAGCAGCGCUAUCGCCAUCACAGCAGUUGGAGCUAGCCGCAGCCAUACUGGCAUCCGGCUGCUUGGCAGGGGAGGGCAGCAACCUGCAAGAUACCGGUGCGGCCGGCAGCAGCAGCAGUUGCGGCAUGGGCGCAUGCGGCACCCGGAGGGAACCCAGUGACCAGGGUAACGACAGGAGCAAGGGUGUCAGCUGCAGCAACACCAAUGCUGCCGGCGACGAGGAGGGCCCCGCCGCCGCUGCCGGCCGUCCCACGGGUCGCCCCACUGUCUUUGCCGGCCACCCCAACCAGGCCAUGUUCUUCGGGAAGCUGCCGGAGUGGGCGCUGAGGCUGGCGGAGGGGCUGCCUCUGGACCAGCUGCUGCCUGCCCCCCUGGCCGCCCGCUGCCCCUCCUUCGACCAGGCCAUCGUCAACCUCUACCGUCCAGGCGAGGGCAUAACGCCUCAUGUGGACCUAGCUCGCUUCCAGGACGGCAUUGUGGGGGUGUCGGUGGGGGGACCCGCCGUGAUGCACUUCAGCAGGUGCGCCCCUCCGGCUUCUGGUCAGGGGACGGCGGGGGUGAUGGCACGCGAUGUCAGCCGGGGCGAGGGCUGCUGCGGAGGUCGUCAGCAGCAGCAGGGGCAGGGGCAGCAGGAGGAGCAGUGUCAGCCCCAGCAGCAGCAGCAGGAGGAGGAUGAACGCCGUGGGAUGGCUGGGGUUGAGGCGAUUGCGGAGCGGCAGCCCCAGCAGCAGGUGCAAGGCCGGCAAGGGAGCCCGUGGAGGGAGGGCACAUGCACGCAGCAGGAGCACCCGGGGGGGGAGCAGACAACGCCGCUUGAUGACGCCCGCGGUGCUGACGUGGCACCGUUGUUAACAAGCGCCUCCUGCAGCCGUACAUGCAGCUGCCGUACAUUCAACAGCAGCAUUGGCAGCUGUACGACGGAUGAGGGGGUGUGGUGGUGCACCCCCGACCACGUGUGUGUAUUGCUGCGCGGUGGGGACCUGCUGGCUAUGUCGGGGGAAGCGCGGUACGGCUGGACGCACGGCAUCCGAUCGGUGCACGAGGAGGAGGUGGUCGUAGGCAUGGGACCGCCGCCGUGCUGCCGACCCAUGGGUCAGCAAGGCCGUCCGGGGCUUGGCGGCGACGGUCCUUGUGAUCAAAGGUCUACGUGCCAGCCUGCGGAGCGGAGUCCAGGGCAGCGGAGAGCUGAGGGUCGACCAAUGGGUCACGACCAAAGAGGGGGUGAGGGCGGUUCUGCUGGUGCAGGGCCUUGUUCCGAGGGGGUACAGGGACAGGCCGAUGAGGGACAGAACCACGGUGCUGCUAGGGGUGCUAGUGGCGACGGCGCCGGUCGUGGGAAUGACCGGGAUGCGAGCAGUGCAGAUGAUGCUGGGUGCAAGCAGCGGCAGCAGGCGGCGGUUGGGACCCAUGGGUCGGUGAGGCUCAUGUUGCCUCGUGGGUUGCGGCUGUCGGUGACGCUGCGGCGGCUGUGUCCCGACAUUGUGUUGACGGAGGUAUGAACGAAUGAUAAUGGUUGUGUGUGUACGGCAAUAUCGGCCCACCAACCACCAAACCAACAGGCAGCAGUAAGCAGUAGCUGAACUGAAGCAUAUUACGGUACAUAAAGGACAAGCAAUUGAUAUGGCCUUCUGUUGACACUUAACUGUCUCCCCUUUGCUUACAUCGACC